AUGAUAUGUGCUGGAUGUAAACAACGCUUUUGCAAGAGAGAUAUGGAUCAACAUCGACAACAACUCUCUCAUGAGUUGGACAUUCUUAUACGAGAGCACGAUCUUCUCAAACAAAACAUUGAAGAUAUGACCAAAUGUGAUACUGACAAAAACGAAGUAUUUGCUCAGAUAGACAAGUGGGAGCACGAUGCGGUGGUGCAAAUCAAAGCGACAGCUGAACAAGCUCGAUACGAAGUUCGUCGUCUUGUGCAAGAGCCAGCCGAUCGACUGAAUCAAGUCAUCAACGAUAUUAGACCCAAAAUACAAGAAGAGGACUAUGUGGAACGAGAUCUCGAACAAUGGAGAAAUGAUAUUCGGAUGCUAGAGAGAGAGGUGUCAGUUAUGAUGAGAAGUAUCGUCGUUCAGACUCAAGACAUUGACUACACGACACUGAUUAGAGUGAAAAAAGUGAGUGUGACACCAAAGAGAGAUGAAGAGGAAAGCAUGGCACUAGAAUACGAUAAAUUAAGUGGUCCACCGACGAAAGCGGUAAAGAUAGGUGUACAUGAUUAUCUUGUAGGAGCCUCAGGCAAUCAUGUGUUGAUUAGGGAGAAAGGUGUUGGUUUCUAUUUGAUGAGCCGAAUGACUGAAGAUAAGAUCCAUGUUCGAUGGAGGACACGGGAUGAGCUGCGAGAUGGUUGUUGGUCUGUUUGUCGAAUUUCUCAACUUCUUGCAUGUGUCGCAUACUUCUAUGCUCAGACAGCAUUUUUAGAUAUUGCAUCAAAAUAUAUUUUGUAG